AUGGAACUGGCCAUCGACAGGGGGGACACCAACAGCCCUCGAAGAGGAACGAACCACCCCGGCCCAACGCCACCCAGAUGGCGCCUGAAGGAGAGGAACAAACAGAUGCUACAGGCGGCAGCCAUCGUCUCGGCCUGGAGCUGGGACGCCCAAUGCACGAGCGCAACCAGUAGUAUCGACGAGGAAGCGAAAGACCUCCGUAAAUACAUGAACGCGGCGUGCAAUGCCUCGAUGCCGCGCUCCAACCCGAGCAGUGGACAUUUGAACAAAGGAGUCUACUGGUGGACACCAGAGAUCGCGGAAUUGCGAGAGAGCUGCAACAGAGCCCGCAGAAGAUUCGCACAGGCACAGCGUCGCAGACAAACUCGCGACGAGGAAGAGAUCUCCCACACAUACGAGAAAUACAGGGAGGCAAGACGUACCCUCCAACGGGAGAUUAAGAUGGCCAAAGCGCGGUCCUGGACGGAACUCGUGGACGCGGUCGAGUCUGACCCAUGGGGGCGGCCGUAUAAAGUAGUGACGCACAAACUGCGUACCUCGGCUCCCCCGAUAACAACAAACAUGGAUCCGAUGCUACUGGACAAGGUCGUUGGGACCUUGUUCCCCAGACAGGACGACAGUGCAGGGCAGCCAGAAACGUCCCUCCCCUCCACCACACCCAACGAUAACGAUGAAGUGGCAACGACGACAACGGAGUGGAGUGAGGAGCUGCAUGUCACCGAGGAAGAGCUAUUAGAAGCGACGAAGAGGACAGCAGCCCGCGACGUGGCACCAGGCCCGGACGGAAUCCCAGGCCGAGUAUGGGCAGAGACGAUAAAUAUAAUGGCUCCCCGCCUGCGACACUAUUUGAUAGAUGCCUGA